CAGAGUACCCUGCGCUUUCCGUGGAGCCAUUCAUCUGUCUCUCCCUCCAUUUGCCUCAGCUAAGGCGGCCUUCCUAGCAAGAUCUCAGGGCUGGUCCAGCUUUCCAGUAAAGUUUGGCUUCUGCCAAUGUGUGUGUCUGGUCUCUGAUAGGGAUGCUAUCUUCCUGGGAGGCUGUCUUACAUCCAAGCUCUCCUCAGGACCAAACAGAAGGACCUCUUUUUCCAUUUCCAUGUGUCGGAGACCUCCCUAAUGACUGCUGUCUGCAAACUCAUGUUUGUCCAAGGGCUACAUGUAGCUCUUGGUUCAUUUGUAGAAGGGGCAGAGCACAAGGUGUGGAAAGGUGACCACUGCGUGGACCUUUGUGAGACCCUCAGGACCAGGGCUGGUCCUACCUGAGGCCCUGGAUCACCUGGAGGGACCAUCAGCCCAUCCACUGUUUCUCCCUAGGGCUGAAAGACGGACCCUCGUUCAGGAUGAAGCUGAGAACACACUCAGUAGAGAAAGGGGGAGAGAGGUGAAUGGAACCAUGGCCCAGGCAGUAUGGAAAGAGGGCUAGGACCCGGGUGGAGCUCCCUGUGUGUUGGGUCCAUCUGACUGUGUCUGUGCUCCCUAUAUCGUUCCUGUGCACCUUCCACCCAUGAAAUUCCCUGGGAAAAGGUCGAGUUCUCUCCACCAUGCUAAGUGGGGUGAGCAAAAGGAGAUGGUUGGGGUUGAGGGCUCAGAUGCUCAAGGAGGCAGGGAGCCCCCCAGGGGAUGAUCAUUGGUGAUAGUGGUUGAAAUCAGAAGGAUAGAGUUAAUGCGGAAGAGUGAGAACCAUGGGCCCCACUUGAAAGUCCACUUCCUACUGGCUGUCCUCCACCCCCAGCUCUCCUCAGGCUCUCUCUGCAGAAUCUCAGUGUGGCAUCUGUCAAAAAGCUUACAUGGAUGACCCCCAAACAUGGUCAUCUCCCCUCCCUUCCCCAGGGCUCUCAGACUCUCCCUCGGGGGUCCUGGGAGAGGUUUACCGGACCUUCCUACUUUUUGACAGUAUAACAUUGUCAAGCACAUGCAAAGUCUGCCAAUAACAAGGGGCCCUUCUGACAAGCAGAGAUGUUUUCUCUUCAGGCGCUUCGGUGAUGGGUGGGGGUCACUGCUAUGAAGCGGCGGUCUGCAGCCAUGAGAAGGCUCUUCAGGCUGGAAGGCUUCACUCCCAAGACCCGCACAACUGAAGAGACCAAGGGGUUACAGGCUGACGGAGCUAUCGCGCACACCCUCCCACCCCAGCAGAAGUGGGCAGUCGGCACUGCAGCGAUGCCAAGGCCGGUUGUUUGGGGGUGGGAGGAGGUCGCUGCAGUGAUGAAGAAUCCCUGCUUGGAGUGAGUGGUCACUGAAGUGGCUGCAUGAACUAAAAGUACCUGCAGGGAUGGGGGAGGUUUUCUGCGGUGAUGAAGAGCACUUUGCAAAGGAAAGGGAUUGGCUUCUUGCGGGAAGAGUCCUGCGGUGACGGUGAUGGGGGGCUGAGGUUCGCUGCAGUCAGGAGGGAGGGUCUCUGCAGCGAUGGGAAGCCACCCAGGGCAGGGGGUGGGGUGGGCUGGGGAAUGGGAUGCCGUCCUAUUGGAUAGCUGGGGUCGCGGCAGUGCGGGUGGCACUUGCAGGACGCCUUAUUCCUGAAGAAUGGAAAGGGUGGGGUCUCUGAGGCCUCGGUCCCGCAGUGACGGGGAUCCGUGCGGCGGCGGGAACGCGGUCCCUGCACUGCGGUGCCCAGUCUGGCUCGGGCUGCCGCGGCUGGCGCGGAGGCGGUACCUCGCCCGAGGGAGGGGGGAGCGCCAGCCCCGCCGCAGCAGCAGCAGGCGGGGCUACGGCAGGCUGGAGGGGCGGCCUCUCAGAACGGGGGCGGGACCACCGCCGGCAGGGCCCGCGCCCCUGCGGGGACUCAGAGCCGCCGCAGCCAGAGUCGCUAGCUGGCGGCCGGCAGGUGCCGGGACCCAGGGCCACCCGGGACGCAGAGGCGGCACUAACCACACGGAUCCCGUGGGCGCCUAGAAAUCCGCGGAGGACGCGACGGAGCCCCCGCUCGGCCUCGCGCCCCGACAGGCCCCGUCCGGGCGUUGGAGUGAGACUCUCGCGCUGGCCUCUGGAGCGCGGGGUGGGCGCCCCGUCACCUUGCGCCCAGCUCCCCAGGCCGGUUCGCGUAGGGCCGGCCUCCCGGCGCCAUGCCCGGCCUGUACUGCCCCUCCAGCUGGACGCCGCUGCCGCUCACGGACUCCUGGGUCCGGGCCUGCGCCAACGGCCCCUGCCUUAGCGUGCGGGCCCGGCUCACCUACCGCAACCCGCAGCCGCACCCGGUGGACGGCGUGUUCGUGUACCCGCUGGCCGAGGCCGAGGUGGUGUCCGGCUUCGAGGCCGAGGCCGCCGGACGGCGCGUCUCCUUCCAGCUGCAGAGCCGGCGCCGCUCGCAGGCCGCCUGCUGCCGCGCUCUGGGCCCCGGGCUGGGGACCCCGACGCCCCGCCGCUGCGCGCAGGGUCAUCUUGUCUUGGAUCUGGCCCAGGCCCGGUCCACGUUGGUGCUGCCCACAGGCCUUAUCGCCGCGGCUGGCACCAUGACGGUGACCCUGCACAGCAGCCGGGAGCUGCCCUCAAGGCCUGACGGGGUGCUGCAUGUGGCCCUGCCCACUGUGCUCACCCCACUGGCCCCGCCAGGCCCGCCGGGGCCCCCCAGGCCUCCGGGGCUCUGUGACGACAGGUUGGGCCUAUGCCCCACCAGCUGCUUCGGGGUGGGCAGCCCUCAGGAGGAAGGGCUGGCGUGGGAGGAGCCAGCUGCCCCUCAGGACGUGUUCUCAGGCCCUGCCCGAUGCCCUGCCCCAUAUACCUUCUCCUUCGAGAUGCUGGUGACUGGGCCAUGCCUGCUUGCAGGCCUGGAGAGCCCCUCUCAUGCCCUGCGGGCAGAUGCCCCUCCUCAUGCCAGCUCUGCAGCCACCAUCUGUGUCACACUGGCAGAGGGCCACCACUGUGACCGGGCCUUGGAGAUCCUGCUACACCCCAGUGAACCCCAUCAGCCACACCUGAUGCUGGAGGGCGGCAGCCUGAGCUCAGCAGAAUAUGAGGCCCGGGUAAGGGCCCGCCGAGAUUUCCAGAGGCUACAGCGAAGGGACAGUGAUGGGGACCGGCAGGUGUGGUUCCUGCAGCGACGCUUCCACAAGGACAUCCUGCUGAACCCUGUGCUGGUGCUGAGCUUCUGCCCGGACCUGAGCUCCAAGCCCGGACACCUGGGGACAGCUACUCGGGAGCUACUCUUCCUGUUGGAUGGCAGCAGCGCGGCACACAAGGAUGCCAUUGUUUUGGCUGUGAAGUCCCUCCCGCCUCAGACGCUUAUCAACCUGGCCGUGUUUGGGACGUUGGUGCAGCCACUCUUCCCAGAGAGCCGGCCUUGCAGUGAUGACGCUGUGCAGCUGAUCUGUGAGAGCAUUGAGACCCUGAAGAUUCCGAGCGGGCCUCCAGAUGUGCUGGCUGCUCUGGACUGGGCCAUGGGGCAGCCCCAGCACAGGGCCUACCCUCGGCAGCUGUUCCUGCUCACUGCUGCCUCACCCAUGGCUGCCACUACCCACCGAACCCUGGAGCUCAUGAGGUGGCACAGGGGGACAGCCAGAUGCUUCUCCUUUGGGCUGGGGCCCACCUGCCACCAGCUGCUCCAGGGUUUAUCUGCCCUCAGCAGGGGCCAGGCCUACUUCCUGAGGCCUGGGCAGAGGCUGCAGCCCAUGCUGGUGCAGGCUCUGCGGAAGGCACUGGAGCCUGCCCUGAGUGAUAUCUCUGUGGACUGGUUUGUGCCCGACACCGUGGAGGCACUGCUGACCCCCCGGGAGAUCCCAGCACUCUACCCUGGGGACCAGCUCCUCGGUUACUGCUCACUCUUCAGGGUGGAUGGCUUCCGGCCCCGUCCACCAGGGGGCCAAGAGCCUGGCUGGCAGAGCUUGGGUGGGUCCGUGUUUCCAUCCCCAGAAGAGGCCCCAUCUGCUGCCAGCCCUGGCACUGACCCCACUGGCACCUCGGAGCCACUGGGAACAGGCACUGUGUCAGCAGAACUGUCCAGCCCAUGGGCUGCCGGGGACUCGGAGCGGACAGGUACUGAUGCUCUGACAGACCCAGUCACGGACCCUGGACCCAACCCCUCCUCUGACACAGCCAUAUGGCGCCGCAUCUUCCAGUCCUCGUACAUUCGGGAGCAGUAUGUGCUCACCCACUGCUCUGCCAGCCCCGAGCCAGGCCCAGGCUCCACAGGCAGCAGUGAGUCUCCAGGCUCCCAGGGUCCUGGCUCCCCCGAAGGUAGUGCUCCCCUGGAGCCCCCUUCUCAGCAAGGUUGCCGCAGUCUGGCCUGGGGAGAACCUGCAGGCUCCCGCUCCUGUCCCCUGCCUGCACCCACACCGGCUCCAUUCAAGGUGGGGGCCUUGAGUACUGAGGUGCUGGGCCGUCAGCACAGAGCGGCUCUGGCUGGCCGAAGCCUCUCUUCACCUCCAGGCCGGGCAAACCAAGUCCCCGGCCGACCUCGCAAACCCUCUUUGGGUGCAAUACUAGAUGGCCCAAGUCCUGAGCCAGGCCAACAACUGGGACAAGGCCUGGAUGACUCAGGAAGCCUGCUCUCCCCAGCCCCCAUGGACUGGGACAUGCUGAUGGAACCACCCUUCUUAUUCACGGCUGUGCCUCCCAGUGGGGAGUCAGCCCCUCCGGCAGUGCCUCCCCAGGCUCCACGCUGCCAUGUGGUGAUCCGGGGCCUGUGUGGGGAGCAGCCUAUGUGCUGGGAGGUGGGUGUUGGGCUGGAGACACUGUGGGGACCUGGAGAUGGCUCACAGCCUCCCUCACCUCCUGUAAGAGAAGCUGCUUGGGACCAAGCACUCCAUCGGCUGACAGCAGCCUCUGUGGUCCGGGACAAUGAGCAGCUGGCCCUCCGAGGAGGGGCCGAGACCACAGCAGACCGGGGCCAUGCCCGGAGAUGCUGGCUUCGAGCCCUUCAGACAAGUAAGGUCAGCUCUGCCCCUUCCUGCUUCACUUGCCCUGUAGCUGUGGAUGCUACCACUAGGGAGGUCCUGCCUGGGGUCCUGCAAGUGUGCAGCUCAGAGCCAGCUGAGCCCCCAGGAACCCCACCUGCCGCUCACAGCCGUCUAGAUGCAGCUCCUCUGCCUACUGUUGUCUACUCUAAAGGUAGGGAAAGGGUAGGGGCACUUGGACUUAGAGACCACCCGCUGGCACUGAUGAUCCCCACUGCAGGACUUCAGGGAGGCUCUCCAGCAGGCGCCUGGGACUCGGACCAAAAUGGCAACUCCAAGUGUGCUUUGGGGGACGCUGCCACUCCCAUGGAAGGUCCUCGCCGCCCACCUCCCCGUCCUCCCUCUCGGCUUAGCCUGGGCCACCGUCACAAACCCUGUAGACCUGACCUGGGCCAGGCCAACAACAGUGAAGGCAUCGACCAUGACUACCUGCCCCUGGUGCGGCUGCAGGAGGCACCAGGCUCCUUCCGCCUGGACGCGCCCUUCUGUGCCGCUGUGCGCAUCUCGCAGGAGCGCCUCUGCCGCGCCUCGCCCUUUGCCGUGCACCGUGCCAGCCUCAGCCCCACCUCGGCCUCAUUGCCCUGGGCACUUCUAGGCCCUGGUGUUGGUCAGGGUGACAGUGCCACAGCCUCCUGCAGCCCGUCCCCCAGCUCGGGCUCCGAGGGUCCAGGCCAGGUGGACAGUGGGCGGGGCUCAGAUACCGAGGCCUCGGAGGGGGCGGAAGGGCUGGGCGGCACCGACCUGCGGGGCCGGACCUGGGCCACUGCCGUGGCGCUGGCCUGGCUAGAGCACCGAUGCGCUGCUGCCUUUGGCGAGUGGGAACUGACAGCAGCCAAGGCUGAUUGCUGGCUGCGGGCCCAGCACUUGCCUGACGGCCUUGACCUGGCCGCCCUCAAGGCCGCAGCCCGGGGGCUCUUCCUGCUACUGCGCCACUGGGACCAGAACCUGCAGCUACACCUGCUGUGCUACAGCCCAGCAAACGUGUGAAGGCUGCCCGCUGCUGCUUGGGUUGGCGCCCCACCCAACACACUAAAGACACUGCCGCCCAGGACUGGCCUCUUGGUGCUGGGAAGGUGUAGGCUGGUGCCAGCCUGUCCCCCACUGCUUCUUACUCCCUCCCUAGAGCCCUCUUGCCCCCACAAGAAGUGCCUGCCUGUGCUCUCUCCCGCUCCUCCCACCCCACUCACCCUCCCCUCCAUCCUCUGAGCUCCCUGCAGCACAGUGGAAGGGGAGAGAGCCACAGUCCCCAAAUCCUAUGCAAUAAAGUGCCUCUUAGGACUGC